GCAGCAACAGUGUAUACCGUGAAGAAAAUCAAUGCGUCUGCUAUGGUCUCACAGCCAUUGCGAUUUAUUCCUUCUGGUGAACCCAAGUAUGACUCAGCAAAUUUGGAUCGUAUUCGUGCCGACUGGCAUACGAAAAACAAUGGCAUGGGUUUGAGAGACGUUAGGUAA